ACAGAGUGCAGGGUUCAGGGGUGCGUUACGUACAGAGUGCAGGGUUCAGGGGUGCGUUAUGUACAGAGUACAGGGUUCAGGAGUGCGUUAUGUACAGAGUGCAGGGUGCAGGGGUGCGUUAUGUACAGAGUGCAGGGUUCAGGGGUGCGUUAUGUACAGAGUACAGGGUUCAGGAGUGCGUUAUGUACAGAGUGCAGAGUUCAGGAGUGCGUUAUGUACAGAGUACAGGGUUCAGGAGUGUGUUAUGUACAGGGUGCAGCGUUCAGGAGUGCGUUAUGUACAGAGUGCAGAGUUCAGGAGUGCGUUAUGUACAGAGUGCAGAGUUCAGGAGUGCGUUAUGUACAGAGUG